UACCAGUGCACUGUACGUACCGGUAGUAUAAUCGGAAGGCCACUAGAUGCACACACGCCUACUCUAUCACUAGAUUGAUCUUGAAGAUUAUCAUACUUAUGCGAAAGGUAAUGCCUAGGAAAGAGAAUGGCUACUUUAUUCUUCAGAAGCAAGACUGCCUUUACAUAGGUUGAUAAUUGAUGGGUGUGCAUUGCAGCAAGAAAGGAGUCAGAGUAGCCUCAACUCCACCACACAGUGAAAUUUUGACAGCACCUUCCCCCGAAUUGCUACCAGAAGAAACUAUUAAAGAACCUCUAUCACCUUCCACAGACUCGAUGACGGAGAAUCCAUUUACAGAUUCUUCUUUCGAGUACAAGUCCCCUCCAAGGCAGUCCAGGACAGUGUGGAGCUCCUUCAAACGUAACGCUGGAUCCUCCUCUCCAAAGCGUAGCCGAAGCCUCAGGGUAAAGAAGACCCAUGAUGUUGUGACACCAGAUUCAUUAGAUGUCCAACCCAAUAAGGAAGUGGUGACCCUCGAUAGACUAGGAGAUGAGGUAGUAGAUUCCUCCUUUAGAGGUAGUUUUAGAUCGUCAAAACGUAGUGGAAAGUUUAAGAGAAUGUCAACCAAGCCAGGAUCCCCCGAGUGUUCGUCCCCUCCACCUACAGGGAAUGGUACAAGGAUGGAGAGCACUGUCACUCUAGCUAAGGAUGUGAUCCAGCAGCUGAAGCAGGAUACAUUGUGCACAGAGAAAGUAGUAGAAGCCACUCAACAGCUCUAUAGGAUGGUAGAUGAUGCCUGGAGCACCCCAAAAUAUGGUCGUGACUUGGCCUACAGCAUUAGUGAUGCAUUACGAAUGGAAGGUGGCUUAGAUAUUCUCCUUAAAAAUUGUAAAUCCGAUGACCGAGCCCUCCAGCUUAAUUCCGCUAGGCUACUAGAGCAGAUAAUGACAGCUAAUAACCGUGACUUUGUAGUUAGGAAAGGCCUAGAAUCCGUUGUGAAAUUAGCUUGUUCUAGAAAAGAACCUACACUCCUGCAAAUAGGCAUGGGAAUCCUGGAGAACCUCUUCAAGCAUUCGGAGGACACCUGCACAAAGGUUAUUGACCGUGGUGGACUGCAGGCUGUUCUCUACAGCUGUCGAAUGAGUGACAAUAUCACUCUCCGUCACUGUGCUGCUGCACUAGCUAAUUGCGCAAUGUACGGUGGCUCUGCCAACCAGCAGCGCAUGAUUGAAUUCCGCACUUCAGAGUGGCUCUUCCCGCUUGCUUUCAACUCGGACAACAGCAUCCGAUACUAUGCCUGCCUGGCUAUUGCUGUCCUGGCAUCCAAUCAGGCUAUUGAACGACAGGUUGUCAGCUCUGGCACCCUGGACCUGGUGGAACCAUUUGUGACCACCCAUGAUCCUGGUGAAUUUGCAAGGAGUGACAAAGCCCAUUCUCAGGGUAGAUCGGAGGGAUGGCUCACCAGGCUCGUACCUCUACUAGAAUGUACUAGGCGGGAGGCCAAGUGUCUCGCUGCAUUCCACUUCGCCAUGGAGGCAAUCAUUAAGAAGGAUCAAGGAAGAACUAAGGUUUUCCAUGAUAUAAACGUGAUAGGCUCCUUACGGCAGGUAGCCAGCAGUAACAAUGAGAUAGCAUCCAAGCUGGCCAUCCAGGCUCUUCGCACGAUCGGGGAAGAGAUCCCGUGCAAGCUGUCCUUCAAUAUUUCCUGCUGGAGUGUGAAGGAAGUUCAGAUGUGGGUCAAAACCAUUGGUUUUGCCAGUUUUGGUUUUGGAUUUGAGAAUCACAAAGUAGAUGGAGACCUACUCCUGACUAUUACUGAGACUGAAUUGAUGAGAGAUAUUGAGAUGGAGAGUAGUCUUCUCAGGAGAAGAUUCCUGCGUGAGUUGGGCCAGCUCAAAUGCAACUCUAACAGUGGAGAUAAGGAUCUCUAUGACUGGCUUAAGUCACUGGGUCCUGAAUAUCCACAGUACACUCACAAUCUCAUGCACUGUGGCAUCGACAUUCAGCUCCUGCCCUUCGUUACUGACAUACACCUCAAAGAUGACGGGGGUAUCACCAACGGUGUCCAUCGCAUGAAGAUACUCAAGGCUAUACAUCCAUGGGCUUUCAAUCCAUAUUCCUUCCCGGGGUCACCUGCUAAGAUGAAAAAUAUUACUGGUAAGAGAGGACUUGAUUACUACCCUAAAGUAUUUGACAGCCCUCAGAACGAAGACAAACAGUUGACUGAUGCAGGUGAUGCUAAAAACCAGCCCAGGAAGAGUUUAGAUGUGUUCAUAAGCUACAGGAGAGCAACCGGGUCUCUACUAGCAAGCUUGCUAAAGGUACACUUGCAGUUACGUGGCUUCACGGUCUUCAUCGAUGUGGAGAAGCUAGAGGCGGGCAAAUUUGACAACAAUCUCCUGAACAGUGUGAGAAGUGCUAAGAGCUUUGUGAUGGUGCUCUCCUCAGGCUCCCUAGAUAGAUGCAUGGGAGACAGAGAUCACAAAGACUGGGUCCAUCGGGAGAUUGUGACAGCUCUAGAGUGUAAAUGUAACAUUGUACCGGUCAUCGAUAACUUCAAGUGGCCCAAGCCUGAUGACCUACCUGAAGACAUGCGUGGUAUCUGCUUCUUCAACGGAAUCAAAUGGAUCCAUGAUUAUCAAGAUGCAUGUAUUGACAAGUUGGAGAGGUUCUUGAAGGGGGAGGAGAACAUGGAGAAGUACAUUGACAAUGAGAUCAUGGCAGUGAGGCAGAUGAUGGCAGGUCACGGGCUACGAACCAGCAGCGGUGGUAGUAGUGUGUCUUAAAGCCCAUCUGUACUAGUUUACAGGAGGGAUUGGACCACCCUGCAAGGUCACUGACAGGUGGUUAUCUCAUCAAAUCAGCCCU